AACGAGGGAUAUCUUCCCAAGCCAUGAAGAAAACCCGGGGGAAGGGAGACAGGGAGAGAAGCUGAGAGAGAGAGAGAGAGAGAGAGAGAGAGAGAGAUGAAGGUUUGGACGAAAGCGAUGUCCAGUCCAAGCAGGACGGAGAGGUUUCAGCCGCCAUUAACGAUGAAGUUUCUUCGUACCAAUGCUGCCAGCCGAAGCAGAGGCAGGUCGCGUGCCAGCCCCAUGUUCGUCCGCCGCAGGAACAACGCCGCCGCCACGGCCGCCAUCGAAACACAGGCCGAGCCGACUUCCCCCAAAGUCACUUGCUUCGGCCAAGUCCGUGCCGCUGCCACUCAAACCUCCCGCCGUCCACGAGCUUCCGCCGCCGUUCCCUGUUCUUCUUGCUGCGGCCUCAAAGCCACUCCCUUUUCCAGCGGCCUUUCCGGCAAGCGGCCCCGACCCAGACCCGUUACGACCGCCCACCGCAAAUGGGUCUGGUUUUUCCGGCCCGGGUGUUGUCGGAGAGCCGUAGUUCGCGACGAUUCGUCGAAAAUGGAGCCCAAUCGAGCUGGCGAGUACAGAGCCAAUGCCACUGAAGACGACGAAGAACAAGAAGCAGUUGACGAACCCGAGCCCAAACUUAAAUUAGCAGAAUCCGAGGUUUUCAAUUAUCGUUGUUCCCCGCCUAAAAACGCGCUGCUCUUGACUCGGAGCCGAUCUGCGCCGUACAGAUCUUCGUCUCUGGCGAGCCGAUUCUGGGGCUCGGCCGCCGAAACAGUGGAGGCUAAUAAUGAAGAAAACAGGGAACUGGAUUGUAAAGAUUCGACCUUGGAAUCGCGGACGGAUCCAGAAAAGCAAGAAAAUCCGGAAUGUUCGAGAGAAUUCGAAGGUUCACUCAAUGGAGAAGCCAAAGAAAUCAUUCCCCAAGAAGCCAAGACGGGGCCGCUGACUCUGACAAGGUGCAAAUCAGAGCCGGCGAGAGUCUGGCAUCAGAGACGGUUGGGUCUUGCGGAGACUUGCCUUCCAAGUUUGUGAUCAAACUAAUUGAUCCGAUUGAAUCAACAUUAGGCGGAAUCAACACUUGUUUUGAGUAUAAGGAUCAAGUAUUUGUAUUUGAUCCGAAUCCCAAAUAGACAAAAAAGUACUACUUUGUACACUCCUAAAUAGAUAAUUGAUGUACUUAUCAUCGUCUUGAGUUGUUAUAAUUUAUUGAAGAUCUUUACCGGCUUGAGUUGAGUUUCCCUUCUUUUGUUACCGGAACCAUAUAGUUUUGCAUUGCAGGGAAUCUCUGGGUCUUUGGCAAAUGGUAAUAUAUAACUGUAAGUUGAAUCUUAUACUGUAAC